AUGAUGCAAGCCAAGAAGAUCAAGUACGACGUCAUCCGACUGACCGAGACGGGACGAAGUCACACUCUCAACGCCGUAUAUGAAACUGGACAAGAACUGUUCUUAGGAACAUGCGACAGUAGAGGUGUUGGUGGAGCUGGGGUCCUCGUCAACACGAGUAUGGCAAAGAACAUCGACUCUUUCGAACAACUUACGACCCGAAUCGGACGUCUGCGGAUGAGAAGAUGUGGUCCAACGCCAGCUUUGACUAUCUUCGUCGCUUACGCUCCAACAUCAAGCUACGAAGAAGAAGAAGUCGAAGCUUUCUAUAUGGACCUGGAGAAGUUCUACCGAGAAGAUCAUUCUUUCUACAAGGUCAUAAUUGGCGAUUUCAACGCCAAAGGGGAGAGGCUCUCCGAGUUCAUCCUGACGACUAAGACCAUCCAUGGGAACUCGCAAUUCCAGAAGCCCUCCUCUCUACGUUGGACGUGGGAGUCACCCGGUGGAGGGUACCGUAAUGAAAUAGACCACAUCAUCGUCAAUAAAAGGUUCUGCCUGACGGACGUCGCUGUUGUACCAAAGUUCUAUACGGGAGCGGACCAUCGCCUCCUCCGAGGAAGAUUUUCUUUCACAAGGAGAGCAGAGAAAGCCGUCAAGUUCAGAGGGAGAAAUCCCAGAACUAUCAUCAACUGGGAUCUCUUCGCUACGUUAGCCGGCUUUUGGGAAGAUUUCGCAGUGGACAACAUCGACGAGGAAUGUGAACUCGUUGAACACCUUCACGACUGCGCGAAGAAAGCUGAGAGUUUCAAAACCACCAAGAAACGCCUGUCUCUUGAGACUCUUGAGCUGAUACGCCAGCGUGGAACAGCACUACCCGCAGGGAACCAAGAACUCACGAGCUCGCAAAGCUUUGCAGAGAGGCGAUAA